AAGGGGUAGGGGCCAACGCUCCGGGUCUUGCUGGCCGAGGGGUCUCGGCCCUCUCUUCAAGGCCCGCCAUCCCCUGGGUGUUGUGAGUGGUGGGGUGGAUGUUUGUUGGGAUGUGGGUGAGGAGUCAUGGGAGUGUGGGCGUGCGGGCUGUUGCAUUGUGUCCCCAUAUCUGAUGGGCUUGGAUGUGGGGGAAGGCCCCAAAUCCCUCAGCUCGGGUGGGGUCGGGGGAACCUCAGGCCCGCAGCUGCUGCUGCUGUUACAAACCCGGCUCACAAGAUUGUCCACCCACCAGGACCCCCGGAGAGCCCCUCAUGGGAGGCCCCCAUACGCACAUACCUCACACGUGGCACGGGCCACCCUGGCCCAGACCGGCUCACCAGCUUACACUGAGCCACACACAUGGGCACAAGGCCUACACGGAAGUGGCUUGGCAUCUCUGGGGUGGGCCCUGCUGUCUUUGUGAGAGGCAGGGCCUCUGCUCACAUCACCUUCUGUAUGCAGAUUCCUCUCCCAAACCUGGGGCCUGUCUGCCCCCCAACCUCUGGAGGUGGGUCCCAGCAGAUAGGCUGUGGAGGUCCUGAUGGGUGUUGGGAUUAGUGACCCAAGUCUUCAGGUCUCUAGCCUGUUAACACUCCAGGAAGCCCUGCUUGGGUGUUGGAGUUAUGGACUGAUUGUAAGAAGACUGGGAGUGAGCCUUCCAACCAAUAAGCCAGCUGUCCCUAUCUCUGGCCGAGGUGGGGGCUAAGGGCAUGUCUCUGCCAGUGAGACAGAGGUUUCUAACCUAUGCUCUUCCAUCCUGGUAUUGGCUAGCUGGGCCUGGCAGCGUCAGCAUGUGGAUGGGGUAGAAGCCCAGCCCCGGAGUGAGUCAGGAUGGAGAGUGGAGGGACUGGGAGAAGAGGCUGACUGUUCAAAGGACUUCUGAGAGAAGACCCUGAUGGGGCAGGACAGGGACAGGGAAGGGGUGUGGGUGGGGCCAGGGGGAGACCUGGCCCCCAAUACCUCCUCCCCAUUCCCCCCUGAACCCCCAGGGGCCUCGGGCAGCAUCAUCCCAGUCUACUGUGCGCUCCUGGCUGCCGUGGUCCUGGGGCUGCUAGCUUACGUGGCCUUCAAGUGCUGGCGUUCACACAAGCAAAGACAGCAGCUGGCCAAGGCUCGGAGCACAGAGCUGGGCGCUCUUGACAGGGACCAGACGCGGGGGGAUAGCUGUGUCUUCCUGGACUCUCCCGGCCCCCUGGAACCCUGUGCCCCAAGCCAGGGGCUGAAUCCUGAGUUUCGCAACCAACUUUACCUUCAUCUCCCUCGGCAGCAGCAGGAGGAAGUGGAGCGGCUACUGGAGGUGCCGGGUGAGCCUGAUAAGGGCUGGCAGGGUCUGGCAGGCCGCCUGGGCUACCAGGCAGAGGCUGUGGAGACCCUGGCCCGGGGCCAGGCUCCAGCCUACACCCUGCUGAAGGACUGGGCCCUCCGGGAAGGCAGCGGAGCCACGCUCGGAGUUCUCGGGGAUGCCCUGACGGUUAUGGAGAGGAGAGAUGUGGCCCAGGUCCUGAGCCCCUUGGCGGAGGGCUGCUCUGUGGUGUGAGCUGUGCCUUCACAUGCCAGCCGCUCAGGGAACCUGCUCCAGUGCUCCUCACCAUGACCCCCCCGCCCGCCUCACCCCUGCGGCUUUCCACCCUGUGGGCCUUGGCCUGCUCUGCUCAGGGGAGAUGCAAAAGGGCCCACCAUUACUUUCCUCUUCUUGUCCUGCCCUGUAUGCCGGGGAGCAACAUUUGGAUGAGCGGGGAGGAGGUGCAUGGGUAGGGAAGGUGGUCCUACCCUCCUGGACCCCCACCAGUCCUUAGCUUCAGCUUGUUUUUCUACUUUUGUACCCCACAUUAAAGGAGACUUUGGGCUUC